AUGUCUCUACAGAUAAACCAGCUGUACUGGGUGAGUCCGAAGCCGGAGUUGCGCACGUUGGAUGGCGGCGCGUGGUCCAAGGAUUCGCCCGAGGCGGUGGCGUACGUGUAUUCUAUUCCCCAGCUCAACGCCACGAUCGUCAUGCUCUGGGACGACUACCUCGUCAGGAUCAACCAGAACGCCGCAAUGCUAGCAAAGGUGGGGGGCAUCACUGAUCCAAAACCAGCCGACUGUCUGAUAGACGUGGCCACGCCCAACCCGCAGUGGGCGCGCUACCUGGACGAGUGGGAUGCGGUUUUGCUCGAGACCACCACGCACUGGCGAUCCUUAUCCAAGGGCCCGAGAAUGGUCUACACGAACGAGAACUGGAGCAAGCUGAGCCUCGACCAGUACCAGGCGCACAGCCAAGCCCUGACGAGCGUUCGCACGCACUUUAGCAAUCGCAAGAAGAUGGGGAAGGAUCUUCCAGUGCCGUUCUUCAUGACGGCUCCCCCCCAGCACAACGCCAAGAAGGUUGGCGGCAAGGGCGUGUGUGGGUCACCUGGUCGGAUGCUGAACGCGAAAGAGAUGGGCAAGCUACAGCGCACCAACGUGCAAAUGAAGCUCUUUCUGCCAAUCCAGCAACGGGUCUUCACGCCAACCUCGGGCGUGCGUCGCAUGGACAUCACCACUAUGAGCGCCUUCCGACCUGAGGCACACAUCGGAGGAUUCAUGGGCGGGGUGAGUGCCACGUGUGACAUGAUGGGGAGGGAGUUAGUGCUAGGAUAG